AUGGACGCAGUAAUGAACAUGUUUCGUCAGCGCAUGAAGUUGCACCCGAGUGGUUUAGGAGUGAUCGAAUUUGCUUUGGUGAUAGUACUCCUAGUAUGUUGUGGACAAAAAGACAAGUUGGAAGAGGUUUUUGAAGUACAAAGCCGGAUAACAGGGACUAGGAAGGUGGGUCCCGGGAGGUGCGACCGACUUCUUCGAAGGGAAACACCACGUUUCUGCCAAACCUUGAAGAAAUGGGAAGUAGAUAUUGAUGAGAUCUACUUGCCAUGGAACGUCAAAGACACUCAUUGGGUGGCUUGA